UUCCUCCAGGCCGCCAACGCCUGCAGAUACUGGCCCAAAGGGCGCGGUAUCUUCCAUAAUAAGAAUAAGACUUUCCUUGUAUGGUGCAAUGAAGAAGAUCAUCUUCGCAUCAUUUCCAUGCAAAACGGCGGCAACGUUGGACAGGUUCUCGAGCGCCUGAUCAAAGGAGUCAAAACCAUCGAAGCACAAGCUCCAUUCUCUCGUGAUGACCGUUUGGGAUGGCUCACUUUCUGCCCAACAAAUCUAGGAACCACUGUUCGCGCCUCAGUUCACAUUCGCUUACCAAAGAUCUCUGCCAAGCCCGAUUUCAAAAAGAUCUGUGAUGAUCUCAAGCUCCAGAUCCGUGGUAUCCAUGGAGAGCACUCUGACUCAGAAGGUGGUGUCUAUGACAUAUCGAACAAGGCUCGACUUGGUCUUACCGAGUAUGAAGCUGUGAAGCAGAUGUACGACGGUAUAAAGCACCUUAUCGAGCUGGAGAAGAAGGCUUAA